GCUGCUUCACAGACGCCCAGCCAGGGGCUCAAGGCUUCCUCCUAGCGUGGCAGAGUCCCACCUGGUGCUGGGGCAGCUGCCACCAUGGAAGCAGCACCGGGCGCUGCUGCAGCAGCAGCAAAGCCUGCAAAGUCCAGCAAGAAGUCUCGGAUGGUGAAGCGGCACACCAACAUCUACACCUACCAGGAGCCGCCCCACAGCAAUUCAGAUGAGGAUAUCAGUGAAGAGAAGGCUAACAGCCACGACCCAGAGCAAGUCUUCCAGAACAUCCAGUACCAGAAGGAGGUCAUGUCCAACAUACGUUGCAGGCCGUGGCCGAUGAGGCAGAAGCUGCGGGCGCUCAGACAGGCAAAGGAGAUUGUGCUGAAGUACGAAGGGAGGCUCACUAGAACCAGAGGUUACCAGGCUGCUGGUGCGGAGCUUUGGAGGAAGUUUCUUCGACUGGCAUAUAAUUUUGUGGUGCUCUUUAUUCCUUGGGAAAUGCGAAUUAAAAAAAUUGAGAGUCAUUUUGGGUCUGGAGUUGCCUCUUACUUCAUCUUCCUUAGAUGGCUAUUUGGAAUCAAUAUUGUACUUACCAUAAUGACAGGAGCAUUUGUAGUCUUACCAGAGCUACUGGCUGGUGCACCGUUCGGCAGCACUGUCAGCAAAACCAUUCGCCCAGAAGACAUGAAAACUGCACAAGACCUGGACACCAUCUGGUCACUUGGGGGCUACCUCCAGUACUCCGUUUUGUUUUAUGGCUACUAUGGCAGAGAAAGGAAGAUUGGGAAAGCAGGAUACCGGCUGCCUCUCGCCUACUUCCUGGUUGGCAUGGCAGUGUUUGCUUACAGCUUCAUCAUCCUCUUAAAAAAAAUGGCGAAGAACUCAAGAAUGAGUUUAGCAAGUGCUUCCGAUGAAAACUACACUUUCUGUUGGAGGCUGUUCUGUGCCUGGGAUUAUUUAAUAGGAAACCCUGAGGCUGCAGAGAGCAAAGCGGCUGCCAUAGUUAACAGCAUUCGGGAAGCUAUAUUGGAAGAGCAGGAAAAGAAGAAAAGCAAAAACCUGGCAGUGACAAUCAGUUUAAGAAUUAUUGCAAACAUCCUCGUGCUUCUCUCACUCACUGGAAGUAUUUACAUCAUUUACUUUGUCGUGGAUCGAUCCCAAAAGUUAGAGAGCAAGAAGAGGGAACUGACCCUUUGGGAAAAAAAUGAGGUAAGCGUAGUUGUGUCACUGAUUACCAUGAUUGCACCCUCUGCUUUUGAACUCGUGGCAGCUCUAGAGAUGUACCAUCCAAGGACCACUCUUCGCUUUCAGCUUGCAAGAGUUCUUGUUCUCUAUCUGGGAAAUCUCUACAGUUUGAUCAUUGCUCUCCUGGAUAAAGUGAACAGUAUGAGUGACAGUGUUAACAGCAAUUCAAGUAAUUCUAUCCCCUCUUUUGCAACUGGAACUCCUCCUAAAGAAGGCAAUUUAUCUGCAACUAUUUCUGAUGCACAAAUGAACAGCAACAAAUCUCACGCUCAAAGCUUGCCAACCUCUGAUUCACUGGUUAACAACACAGCUUCCUCUAGCUCUGCGCAGAAUCAGUGCUGGGAGACCUACGUUGGUCAAGAGAUGCUAAAGCUGUCAAUCAUUGACAUGAUAUUCACAGUUGCGAGCAUCCUGCUAAUUGAUUUUUUCCGUGGACUGUGUGUCCGAUAUUUAAGUGAUUGCUGGUGCUGGGACCUAGAAAGCAAGUUUCCAGAAUAUGGUGAAUUCAAAAUUGCAGAGAAUGUACUGCAUUUGGUCUACAAUCAAGGAAUGAUCUGGAUGGGAGCCUUCUUUUCACCUUGUUUACCGGCAUUCAAUGUCCUCAAGUUGAUUGGACUCAUGUACCUGAGGAGCUGGGCUGUAUUAACGUGCAAUGUACCACAUCAGCAGGUUUUUAGAGCCUCUCGAUCCAAUAAUUUCUACUUGGCCAUGUUGCUGUUCAUGUUGUUUUUGUGCAUGUUACCAACAAUUUUUGCUAUUGCCCGAUACAAGCCAUCUUUAACCUGUGGUCCUUUCAGUGGACAAGACAAAAUAUAUGAUAUUGUUUCUGAAACAAUUAAAAAUGAUUUUCCUGUGUGGUUCAACUCAGUGGUUACUUACAUCAGCAGUCCUGUGGUGGUCCUCCCUGCGCUCUUACUUCUAUUCAUGCUGAUCUAUUACCUACAAAGUAUUGCAAGAUCAUUGAAAUUCACCAACAAUCAGCUGAGAAUGAAGAUACAAGCAGAAAGAACUGAAGAUAAGAAAAAGGUGGUGCAAAUGGCAGUAGCCAGAUUCCAGAAUCUGGAUGGGAGUGACAAAAGACCAGACCAAGACGGUGGUCUUAUUAGCCAGGAGUCUUCUGUUCGGGCCUCAACCCCACGGAAGAAUGGCAGUGUCUUGAACUUUGAAUCUCCUGUGAGCAAAGGCACCAGAAUACAAACCAUCUCCCAGACUGUGCCCCACACCGUGCCCUCGAGUGAUGCAGCAAGACCUGUGAAUGCAACUCCCACAACUUCAGCUUCUUUAACGCCCUCAGUAUCAAGUGUACAGAAAGCAAGAAACGACCAUACCGCUAGCAGGUACCCAAGUGUUGUGCAUGGGAGUGCAAGUGAGCUCUGUAAAACAAAGGCCUAUACACCAGUGACUUUCAAAAAACGUACCGAAGAUGUUCACUCUGAGCCUCUCUUUAGGAAAAGCAUUCGGCAGGUAAAUCCAGAUGCUUUUGGAGCGGGGGCUCCUGUUUUUGUGGGACGCAGACCACAUGCUACCAGAUACUAUGUUGUUAAUGAAAGUGAACCCCGUAAAAAAUCAGGCCGUUCUACCUCCCGACUCCAAAGGCAAUUCCGAAUAGAAGAGCCAGAAGAUAUUGUUGAGUUGUAUCCGCACAAUAUCAGAAGAUAUGUGGUUCAAACACCACAACGCAUGUAUUCUCCUCAUCCCAGUGAAGAUGAGGAGGAUGAAGAGGAACUUGGGAGACGCUAUAUGAAAAGAUCCCAUCGCCCUCGGUCACUGUCUGACCUUCGCCCAGCACCGCGAUUUUAUAUUGGGGAGCGUGCUGAUGGCCAUGUUCUUACAAGCAAAGACCUAGCCAAAGUGCAUUACAAAUCCUGGGAUGAUGGUUUUGAGCUAGACCUGGACAGACCUCCAUAUGCCUACAAAAAAGUGCACCUGAAAAAUGUUGAUCAGCACUAUCUUGAGCCGCAUGUGAAACCUAAAAUGAAGCAUAUACUGGAGCAGUCUCUAACAGAAUCUGAUUCAGUUUCCAUUGAAUCGAGCAGUGAUCCACAGAACAGCAGCAAUGACCAAUACAUCCAGGUCAUUCAUAGCAAGGAAAAGUACCUGAAACCUGGGACAAAACUCACCAAAAAGAAAUCAAAAAACAAUACUGAACUAAAUAUGUCUGAGCCUAAUGAACUGGUAUGCUCAAAUGUCUGAGAAAGUGCCCCAACUUUUUGUGUUUAGAACAGGUUUGUGCACAGGUUUGUGCAGUCAUUGUAUUUCCUGUUUAAGGUCUAUUAGAAUAACUACCACAGUCGGCCAUUCAAGGUGGGAAAAGCAUAAUUAGUCCUGUGUUUCACUGUUAACUGUACCUUGCUUUGACAUCAUUCUCCUUUAUUACAUGUUAUGCUGUUUAAAAAAAACAAAAAACA